AUGAGUCCUUUUACUUUCAAAUUCAUUUCCUCUGCCGUCACACUGUUGGGCCCAAUCAUCACCUUCUCCUUGGUCGAUAUUAUUGGUAGACGGAGAAUCUACUUGACUGCAGGAUCUGCCUGCACAGCUGUGCUGCUCAUCUGUGGUGGACUGGGAACUGGAUACGUCACAUCUGGCGACAAGACUGGAAUCGUGACCGUGUGUGUCCUAUUUGGAUGUUUCUACAUUAUGUCCUUUGGUGCCAUUGGUGCUGUCACAGCGUCGGAAGUUCCACAUCUUCAAUUGCGCGACAAGAAUACGAUGGUUGUAUACUGGGUACAAUUCAUCUGCGACUUUGUCAUGACCUUUACCCUCCCGUUCCUCCUCGAAGCCGGAUACGCCAACCUCCAAUCCAAGGUUGGAUUCAUCUACGGUGGUUUCGGGCUUCUCGGUCUCAUAUGGGCAUACUUCUGCCUGCCAGAUAUGACUGGUCGAUCCCUGGAAGAGUUGGAAAUCAUGUGGGCAGAGAAAGUCCCUGCACAAUGGCAAUGCCCUGUUCACGUUGAUGCUGACGACAAAUCCACGUCAACUAGUGUUGAGCAUGAGAUCACCAAGGUGUAA